AUGAAGGUUCACGAGUGCAGCCAUCCGGCCGAUGCGCUGAGGUGCCGGGGCAAUCAAGCAGCGCGUUGGUGGGUGUGCACUCGUUGCGGCUCCCGUUGGGAUCGUCCAGAGGAGAGCGGAACGACUUCGGCGGCCUCGACCAAGGCGGUGAAUGUGGACGAGAAGGCGCCGAAGCUGGUGAGCAUUCACGGACCUCGCCAAGUGGAUCUGACUCAGAGGGGCGCACCAAGGACGUUGCGGGAGGAGCCGAGCUCAGGGUCGGUGCAGCGGUCAAAGACGCCAACGAGGGCAUCUCAUCCCGAGCACUUCGAGCUGAACACCGACCACGAGGACUGGGACGAUGCGGAGAUGAUCAACCCGAAUGCGGAGCUGGCUCGCACCUUGCGCUCCCGAGGCUGGCUUCUGGCGUCGAUCCUGGUGAUGAUCAGUCUUGUUGAAGCAGGUCGCACAGCGCAGCUGCCGGGCACCAUGUUUGGAUCACCUCGCGACCAACUGUGGUGGCAUCGCGAGGACAACUGCUGGAAGGAGCAUCCGCCCAUCGAAUUUCCACGUGUGGGAUGCGCAGUGUUUCCUCGUAAUCAAGUGCGCAAGGACUGGCUGGCAGACACUAGCGGCACGUGGGUGGAGAUGAACCAGCAGGAGAGGAGACGGGUGGCCUCGUUGUGGCUGUCAUCGUCACUCGCGGACGAAGAGAUCAACUCUACGCCUCGGCUGAUUCGCCGAGCGCGCGAUCGGGGAAUUGACGAUCAGCUGGCCAUGGAUCUGGCCGUCGGCUGGGAGUAUGAGCGGGCCGAAGAUAAGGUGGAGGCUCUUCGUCUUCUUCGUGAACAUCGUCCGGCGCGUGUGGCGCUAACGUUGCUGCCCGACAACAAGGUUCAAAGGGAGAACAACGAGUUCGCGGUCCGCCUCGCGCACCUUCAGCUGUCUGCUGGGCGAGGACCGGUGGAUGUGGCGGGGAGACCUUCUGGUUUGCCGUCAUUUCUUUCCUCGGCAAAGCCUUUGCACUCGGAGGAGUGCCCUUUUGACAUCGCGAAGGUCAAGUUCACGGGUCAACGAUCUACUCGCAUGGACCCUGUGGGCGGACAAAUCAAGGUGAUCGACGACGAUUGGCCUUCGCAGCGCUCCCGGGCAGUGGCUGUGCCUUGGACCGGGAGCACCAUUUUUCCAGUACUGCCUCCGAUUAUGCUUCCUGAGGCAUUGUCGUCUCUGGCCAGAAACCUAGCCAAGAGUGCGGCGCAUGAUUUCUUUUUGUUUCAGUCCGAACAACAUGCACUACAAGCUGAGCUAGCUGUACUUCCUUCCGAACAACAUGCACUACAACCCGAGCUAGCUGUGCUUCUUUCCGAACAACAUGCAUUACUACGAGAGCCAUCUGCACAUUCUCUCCCAGCAGCCUUUCCUUCGCACAGAAUUUUGGAGGGCACUCGGACUUCAGCGGCUUCUGCCCGCCCUUCUGGCGACGUUCUGAGCAAUGAGUUCGAUUGGGACGAUUUUCUGGCGGAUGUCGAGACAGAGGAAACCAGGUUUCUCAGUGGAGGAACGCCCUUUGCUCGUGACGAAGCCGCGGAUGCGAAGGAAGCUACUGCCUUUCCGUCCGAGGAGGAAGCCAGAGUGGCUCGCGAACUACGUGAGAUCGUGUUGGACCCUACGGCUUCCGAGGAGGCGAAGCGCUCUGUGGUGGCCCCAGACAUUCGACGAGAGGUGUAUCGGCUGCAUCGCAAUCUGGGCCAUCCCGAGAAACGGACAUUCUUGAGGGCCUUGAAGCAUGCUGGUGUUAAGGCCGAAAUUCUGAAGUACGUCAAGGACGAGUUCAGCUGCCCUAUUUGCCUGAGGCGACAACGACCCUCAUCUCAUCGGCCAGGACAUUUGAGUCGCGAGAUGGGUUUCAAUGAGGUUAUCGGCAUUGACCUCAUGUUCUUCCGCAAGUUGACUCUACUUAACUGCCUGUGCUGGGGAACCAACUUCCAAUGGGUCGAGCCUCUGCCCGACAAGAAGGCCGAGACGGUCACUGCAGCGCUCUUGAGCUCGUGGUUCGCCCACUACGGAACACCACGUAUGGUUGUGGCGGACCAGGGCGGGGAGUUCGCGGGCAAAUACUUUGUGGACGCGCUCUCGGAUGCGGGGGUGAUCAUCCACUUGAUCGACGAAAAGCUCGCCACGGUGAUCGAUGAAGCGGCAGUGCGUGAUGGUCAGGAAAUGCGACUGGCCAUCUCCGAAACCGUAUGGACUCGCAAUCAGUACUACGACAGAAGCGGUUACUCGCCUCACCAAAGAGUUUUCGGCAGCUCGCCUCGAGUACCCGCCACUCUCCUGUCGGACGACAUGAUUGACUCCAACCUCAUCGUUGGCGGCGCCUCCGACUCCUGGCAUCGCAGUCAAGAAAUCCGCGCUGCUGCCCGAAAGGCCUGGAUGCAACAGCAACACCGCGCGGCUGUGCAGCGUGCGGUGCAUGCCAACACUCGCACAGCCGACGACAAGCCGUUGAAGGCCGGUGAGACUGUCUACGUGUGGAGAGAGACAGCCGACUACGUCGGUUGGACUGGCCCUGGUGUCAUUGUGGCUGAGAGCGACAAUCGACGAUCUUUAUGGGUGAGCUUGCGCGGCUAUCUUAUCAAGGCCUCGCGUGAGCAAGUCAGGAGUGCCAGUCCUGAAGAGCAUUUGGGUGUUGAGUUGAUUAAGGCGAUUUCCAAAGAGAUGUUGGAGGGGCUCGAGUCUGGUACGAUCAGGAACUACCGAGACAUCGAGCAGGAGGGCGCGCCACCUGGACGAGAACAUACGUCGAUUUCUGAUGGUUCCAGAAAGAGGCCUUUGGAAACCAUCGAGGAGGAGCUAGCGGAGUAUGAGCCAUCUCCCGUCGAGGAAGCAGCGAAUGCGGCCUCACCUGAAGCGCCUAUGACUUCCGAAGGGGAUGAUCGUGACCAGGAUAUGAGUCUUGGCGAAACGAGCACUCAUAUCCCCUCCGAGGCCCCUCUGGAAUCGACUCCACCGUCGCGGAGGUUGAGCGCCGUCGGACCUGAAGCACCACCAUCUCCGGGCUAUGGCCCCGCUGCAACGCCUUCGGCUACUACACCGAGGACGCGGCCCAUGCCGUAUCCGUUCAACUCGUCAGCAGCGGCAUGGCCUCGACCUCAAGCCUCCGCCAACUACUUCGAAGUGUUUGUGAAGGGCAAGGACGGGACAAUGGAUGGUGAACCGAAGCGCCGGCGGGAUGCGUCUGCCAUGUUCUGCAACCGGGACCGUGCAUUCUACAUCACCAAGAAGAAGGAGUCGCCGGGCCAAGUUGAAAUGCGUGAGCUCAAUGUGGAGGAGAAGAAAAUCUUUCGAAAGUCACGCGCCAAGGAGGUUCAAUCACUGCUGGACUCCGGCGCCAUCACGAUCCUCAGUAUCAAGGACAGCUUGCAAUUUGCUCGCGAGCACCCGGAGCACGUGCUGACCUCCAGGUACGUGGAUCGAUGGAAGCCGGAGGACGGGGUGACCUUUCCCAAGGACUUCGAUGUGAAGCGAAUCACUCCGGACUUUCGCGCCAAGCUGGGACCCAAGUCAAGAUGGUGCGUCGUGGGUUGGCAAGACCCAAUGAUCCAUGCUGUGGAACGAAGCGCUCCCACACCUUUGACUGUGAGCAUGUACUUGUUCAUGCAGUUGUGUGCGUGCCGUUCAUGGCCAGCAUGGGUAAAAGACGUAAAAACAGCUUUUCUUCAAGGACGACCCACAACCCGCAAGCAGAAACUCGCAUGCCGCAUGCCCUCGGACGAGGCCUUUGAGAGUUACGAUGCGAGACAACUCAUCGUUUUGGAGACAGAAGUGUAUGGAUUGGUCUCGGGCCCUGCAUGGUGGCGGCGGUCGCUUCUGGAACUCUUGGUGAGAGAUCUAGGCUACCGCAUAAGCCCUUAUGAUCGAUGUGUUCUCACACUUGACGGGAACUCGGAGGACGAGGACAGCGAAUUGGACUCGUCUACGGGUCAGCUACGGUGUCUUCGCGACCGAGGCCGUCUACGACGCACCCAGGGCAUCAUCGUCGUGGAAGUGGACGACCUGCUGGAAGCUGGAGGACCUCGACACCGUCAGCUGAUGGAGCGACUUGAGACCAAAUUGAAGUUCGGCAAAAUCCAAUGCCUCCGAGAUCAGCCCAAUGGCACAUCCUAUGCCGGGCGUCGCAUUCAUCAGGACCGAGAUUGGGGCUUCCGCUACACGAUGGAUGAUUACAUCGAGCAGCGUCUCAAGCCGGUGCGGCACGAGCGCAAGACCCUCAAGAAAGAUGCGGAUCAAACGCCGGUUUCAGUCGGCGAAGAGGCCCAGCUGAGAGGAACGGUGGCGGCCGUGAACUGGGUUGCCAGAGAAGGACGACCCGAUGCGAGUGCUGCUGCAUCCAUUUACUCGGGCAUCUUCGGCAAGGCUGUUGUCGGCGACAUCGACCGGGUCAACGACGUUGUGUUCAAGCUGAAGGAGCACCCUCUUUCUUUCCGCGUGCACCCACUCAAGGAGUCCGAAAUUCGACACUUCGUCAUCGCUGACUCGUCGUUCGAUGCGAAGGGAGCCGAGAAACCGCAGCACGGUUGCCUGCAGGGAGCGACCACCAGUGCCCUCAAUGCCGGCCAGAUUGCCAAGGUCAGCCUUCUGGGUUGGAGGUCCAGAAGGAUGCGGCGGAAAGCCGGAAAUACGUUGCUGUGCGAAAGCAUUUCGCUAUCGACAGCUCUUGGGGCCCUAGAACGGCAAAGCGCCAUGUGGCUCUCUUUCACGGUGUCGCACUUCGAUCCUCGCCAGAUGGCCCAGGACGAGGACGAGGAGCGCGGAUUGCACGGCGAAGGUACAGUAGUUCUCGAGGAGAACGAGUUCUACGUCGACCCUCUCUCCGUGGCCGUGGUCGAUGCCAAAAGCUUGUUUGACGCUAGCAUCGCUGAUCAGUCCACCGGAGAGGACGACAGAGCGGCACUGGAGGUUGCCAUAAUCAAGGAUAGUCUAGCUAAACUUCGGGGUCGUCUGCGCUGGGUUCCGCAUAACACGAACCCUGCGGAUCACCUCACCAAAGCUGUUGGUGCCCACGAGCAACCUCUCAUGGAUCUCAUGUUGUCCGGAAAGUACAGGAUUGAGCAAGAGCAUGAAGUGCUCGAGCGAGGUAAGCAAAGCAACCUUCGCUUGAAGUCUAAAAUCUAG